UGAAAAACAUGAAACACAGAUGUGCAGCAAUUUGUUCUGAGCUAAAGGAAAGGGGAAGUGAAAAUGAGUUUUGCAUGUGUCUCCUGAUGUACAGUCGCCCCCCACUCUCAUAUACACUGAUACAGACACCAUGUCUCCUCUCCUCAUACUCAUCCUGCUCUCAGGUAUUACAGAAAAUCAAGGAGAUUCCUCUAUACCCUUUGUGAGCUUUGAUCCAAAUUGGGCCACUGUAUUCACCAAGGAAUCUGUAACUCUCACCUGCAAUGUGGAUCCCCCUGAACCAAGAGACCAGAGCUAUUAUUGGUACAAAGACAACAAUUUCAUCCGUAUGUAUCAAAAGAGUUUUAAAAUUGACAACCCCAUAGUGAAAUAUGGAGGAAGGUAUCAGUGCCAAAUCAGUAAAGGCAAUAAGAGUGAAGCUGUCAGACUCCAAGUCAGUCACGGUUGGCUCGCACUGAAAGUACCAGCGUUUGUAUUUGAAGGGGAUGAAUUAUAUGUGUCCUGUGCAGGGUAUCCUGGGUAUUCUGCCAGAGACGCUGUGUUGUACAAGGACAAUAAGGUUAUAGGAUCCUCUCCCUCUGAUGCCGAUUUUCUGGUUGGAAGAGCAAACAUGGCAACGAGUGGUUUGUACAGAUGCACCCGACAAGUGAAGGACGGUGUCAUAUAUUAUAAUUAUGCUAGUGAAGAAUAUAUUUUUGUAAGAGAGCUGUUCUCCAAACCAGUGAUGGAAGUGAAUCUAAAUCACCCAACAGAAGGAGAUCACAUGACCAUAACAUGUGACACAAAGCUCAGCCCACGCAGAGCGACUACAGAGCUGCAGUUUGUUUUCUACAGAAAUGGGCACAAUGUGCAGGGAUUCAGUUUUUCCAAUGAAUACGAUGUCUCCUCUGUUCAGCUGGGGGAUUCUGGGAAAUAUACCUGUGAGGUUAGAACAAAAAAACAGACUGUGGAGAAGAGGAGCAACGAGAUCAAUAUCCAGGUGACAGAGCUGUUCUCCAGACCAGUGAUGAAAGUGAAUAAAAAUCCCCUGACAGAAGGAGAUCACAUGAGCAUAACAUGUGACACAAAGCUCAGCCCACACAGAGAGACUACAGAGCUGCAGUUUGCUUUCUACAGAAAUGGCCACAAUGUGAUGGGAUUCAGUUUAUCCAAACAAUACGGCGUCUCCUCUGUUGAGCUGGGGAAUUCUGGGAAAUAUAGCUGUGAGGUUAGAACAAAAAGCAAUACUGUGCAGAAGAGGAGCAAUGAGAUCAAUAUCCAGGUGGCAGCUCAACAAGCUUCCAAGGUCACAGUGAGACUUGAACCACCCCAAGGGCAGAUUUAUGCAGGAGAGAAGUUGGAGGUAUUUUGUUCUGUGGACAAAGUGGCUGAUUCAUUGACAUUUUCAUGGUGUAAACACAAUGAAUUGCACUGUGAAGGGAAGACGGCACGUUCUAAAGAGCAACAUUUUGUGGUGGAAGCUGUACCUGAAGAUUACAGUGAGGAAUAUCAAUGCAUUGUUACUAGAGAAUAUACUCAGGAUUCCAUCAGAAGCACAAAAAUCAAGAUAUCUGUCAGUGUCAGACUACCCCUGCUGACAGUAAGUCUUAAAGAAGUUGCUGUGGGUGAUAUAGUGGUUCUUCUCUGUGAGUCCAAGAGUCGCUUCUUCCCCAAGGAAUAUCAGUUUUAUCACAUGGAGGAUUUCUUAGGAAGCAUCAAAGGAGACCAGAAAGCAGCAGCACAAUUCAAUGUGACCAUCACUUCUCUCACCAUGGCUGGUCCCUUUAUCUGUGUAGUGCAGAAUAAUGUCUUCAGUCCUAAGAGUGAAGGAGUCACUUUGUUUGUGAUGGAACCGGUGGAAAAUGCCACCAUUAGUCCUGGAAUAGAUGUUCUUGAGGUCAUGAUGGAACACAGCCUGUGUUUGACCUGUUCUGUGGCAAAGGGCACCAAUCCAUCAUUCCUCUGGUUUUACAAUAAUGAGAAAGUAGAAAAUUUUCAUGUCUCGGGAUUGUAUCAGGUUGAGUAUGAAUCCGAGAAGAUACUCUGUGUAGAUCCUGUGCAGCAGCAUCAUGCAGGGAUAUACCAGUGUCAGGCCAGUAACCAGCUGCCUCACAACAAGACAUUCAUCGCAAAAAGCCACAUCGUCACCAUAACUAUUACAGAGAGGAGCUAUGCAGUGAUGGGCAUAGGAAUCACUUUGGCAUUGCCGAUACUCGUCGUUGUCAUGGCUCUUCUUCUCUACAAGUUCAGUAAUGCAACUUCCUUAUCUUUCUUCUUCUGCCACUUUUGCCCACCAAGCCCAGGUGGUUCAUGUAGUAAUACUCCAGCUAGACAACAAGAAACAGCAAGACACCAGGAAAUGGACAGAGAUUCCAGUUGGGAGCAGAACCAGUACAUUGAUGCACCAAUGGAAGACCCUGCAAAUGAAAAGGAUGUGUGUUACACCUACAUAGAUAUCAAACCCACUCCAAAAGGUCCAUCUGUUCCCACCAGUGAACAAGGUGAAGGCUCUGUUACAUACGCUGUUGUGAAGAGUUCUGCCAUUCAAGGGGGACCCAAGUCUAUCGUCUAUGAGAACUUCAAUGCCAAGUAACGUCAGUAAUGAAGUCUAUGAAUGGAUUAUUAAAUAGUGACGUAUUUGUGAAUACUUGUCUAUGGACACUUACUGAACAGUUACUCAUUAGUUCACAAGAAGACACUUCUUUGAAGUUGUUGCUAAUGGUGCCAAUAAGUCAGACACAUUAUUACUACAGGGAUAGGAACCACCAGUAUCCUAAUUAAAAACUAAAAAUGUUGUUAAGUUCCUUUAGCUGGAAGAAGAAUGUUGAAUACUGUACUUGAGUACCCAUAUCAUGUCUUUUUCUAAUGAAAUCAGAACUCCAACAUGUAGGCAUGUGAACUGUCUCCUCUGAUAUUAUAAUAAAGUUUUCUUAUUUGUGC